GCAGGUUUAUAGCCGCUGAGAUCAGCUGACGCUCCGCAUUGCAGACUGCGGAGUCUGGCGUCGUCAUGUACUCUCUCUUCCUCCUGGCCAGCUGCCUGGGCGCGGCUCUAGCCGGCCCUGUCCUAGGGCUGAAGGAAUGCACCAGGGGCUCGGCGGUGUGGUGCCAGAACGUGCGGACGGCGGCCGAGUGUGGGGCUGUGAAGCACUGCCUGCAGACCGUCUGGAACAAGCCGACGGUGAAAUCCCUUCCCUGCGAUAUAUGCAAAGAUGUCAUCACUGCAGCUGGGGACAUGCUGAAAAACAAUGCCACCGAGCAAGAGAUCCUCGUGUAUUUGGAGAAGACCUGUGACUGGCUGCCUAACCCGAACUUGUCUGCCUCGUGCAAGGAGAUGGUCGACACCUACCUCCCAGUCAUCCUGGACAUGAUUAAAGGACAGAUGAGCCACCCUGGGGAAGUGUGCUCCGCCCUCAACCUCUGCGAGUCCCUUCAAAAGCAUCUGGCAGAACUGAAUCACCAGAAACAGCUGGAGGCCAAUAAGAUCCCGGAACUGGAUGCGGCUGAGGUGGUGGCUCCCUUCAUGGCCAACAUCCCUCUCCUCCUCUACCCUCAGGACGGCCCCCGCAGCGAGCCCCAGCCCCAGGCUGGUGGGGACGUUUGCCAGGACUGUAUCCAGAUGGUGACUGACAUCCAGAAUGCUGUCAGGAACAACGCCACCUUUGUGGAGGCCUUGGUGAACCAUGCCAAGGAGCAGUGCGACCUCCUGGGGCCUGGCAUGUCUGACAUGUGCAAGAACUACAUCAACCAGUAUUCUGACAUUGCUGUCCAGAUGAUGAUGCACAUGCAGGAUCAGCAACCCAGGGAGAUCUGUGACCUGGUUGGGUUCUGUGACCAGGUGAAGGAGAUGCCCAUGCAGACUCUAGUCCCUGCCAAAGUGGUCUCCGAGAACGUCAUCCCUGCGUUGGAGCUGGUGGAGCCCAUUAAGGAGAAGGACAUGGUCCAGGCGAAGGCUAGUGUGAACUGCGAGUUGUGUGAGUACGUGGUGAAGGAGCUGGUCAAGCUGAUUGACAACAACAGGACCGAGGAAGAAAUAAUUCACGCUUUGGAUGAGGUGUGCUCAAAAUUGCCCACAUCCUUAUCUGAAGAGUGUCAAGAGAUGGUGGAAACUUACGGCAGGUCCAUCCUGUCCAUCCUCAUGCGGGAAGAGAGCCCCAAACUGGUGUGCAGCCUGCUCCAUCUCUGCUCCAGCCAGGGGCCGCCCGUGCCACCCGUACGCGUGACUCAGCCGCGGGACGGUGGCUUCUGUGAGGUAUGCAAGAAGCUGGUAAGCUACUUGGACCACAACCUGGAGAAGAACAGCACGAAGCAGGAGAUCCUGGCUGCUCUGGAGAAAGGCUGCAGUUUCCUGCCUGACCCGUACCAGAAGCAGUGUGAUCAGUUUGUGAGUGAGUAUGAGCCCGUGCUGAUCGAAAUCCUGGUGGAGGUGAUGGACCCUUCCUUCGUGUGCUUGAAAAUUGGAGCCUGCCCCGCAGGCCGUAAGCCUCUCUUGGGGACUGAGAAGUGUGUCUGGGGCCCUAGCUACUGGUGCCAGAGCAUGGAGGCGGCCACCCAGUGCAAUGCUGUCGAGCACUGCAAACGUCACGUGUGGAACUAGAGGGGAUGUUCCUUCUUGGAGAAACUGCAGCAUCUUUUCCUACUUGUGUGUGUGGGGCAGUGACCACACGGAUCUGUUGACUCUGUUAUGAAUUAGGACCCCCUUUCCCUCCCCCCUUUCCCGCCUCCCAAUUGUAGCACUGCUGUCAGCGGUGGAGGCGCUUUGCCCUCUGCCACCCGUAGCCGCUUCUGUGUUCCCUCCUUUGCCUGACCCGCUGAGGACGUCCUAUGCGCCGGGGCUCUUUCAGCCUGACCUUGAGGCUCCCUGGAGGCAGCGGCAGGGGGUGUGGGUGCUGGCAGGAGCCUCCUCUCCAUCCUCCCAGCCGGGGGCCUUGUUCUGGGCCCUCCCCCUACCCCCGUGGGGACCGCCCCUCUUCUGGGCUGACUGGCUGCUGUACACAGAAGCAAAACAAAGGCAGUUUUAUGUGAAAGAUGAGAGGCUCAGAAUAAUUAGGCGUAGUUUUCACUGUAGGGAGGAUUGAGGAAGCAGCUGCUCAGAAGACCUGGCUGAGGCUUGGGUUUGCUGUUCCCCUGUCAACCUUCCAUUCACCUUUCCUGUGUCUUUGCCGGUGAGGCCUUGUUUGGGGUUCUGUGGGUUUGGGUGGGAGGGGCAGCCCUGCCUGAAUGUAAUCUAGCUCCAUGUGGAGAUCCUGUGGGCCCGCUUUUGCGUGUGAGCAUGGACGGUGGUGACCACCGCUUGCUUGCUUUUGUGUCUGCGUGGCCGUGGAAGCCUUGCUUUGUGUGUCUGUCCUGCUGCCCAGGGCCCACCCUUGGCUCUGGGCGUCCCAGCCCCUCCGCUCCAGCCCUCGUUUCCAGGAUGUUCUUUCUGACCUUCAAAUCAGUGUGGACGACAAGCUCCGAAGCCUUUGGCUUUCAGGUAGAGGGUCUGCUGGGCCUGCUGCCCAGGGGUCUUGGCUGCCUCCUCUCCCAUUCGGCUUCUCUUUCCUACUUAUAGUUGUCAGGAGACCGCAAGAUACGCAGUUGCUAUUAAAUGGACUUAAUGACUUUUUUGGUUUGUUUUGCACUAAAGUUUCUGUGAUUUAAUAAUAAAUAAAGUCUGUUAACCAGA